AUGGAUUCUUUGCAGCCCUCUCGGCCUCUGACAUUGUGGCGUGAUGGAACACCUGAUUUGGCUGCAUUUGAAGGCCCAUCACGUCCUUCUGCGCCAUCUGCUAGGCCCCAACCCGAUCCAGCAGUCACCCCUUCUUCUUUGUCCUUUCCGCGUCCGGUUCCGCUGAAAGAUCAGAUUACAGCUCAGACGGUUGAGCCAAUCUUCCAGAACCCAUGGUUGACGUACGAGGCCAUCGUGAUGAUCUAUCAGGGACAGUCUGUCUUUCUGGCCCGAAACAGGAAAAACAAAGCAACCCUGGUGAAUAUUCAUCUUUUGAAGCAACAACUCUCAUCCGUCAAGCCAUUGUUGGACACAAUCAGCCAGUUCUCCCAUCCCAGCUUUCUAGGUAUGGUAGGGUGCUAUAGUUGGGAGGAAAAGGUGUUUCUGGUCUGGGAGCCAGUAGAGCUCUCGGUGAGUCACAUCCUCGCAUCAAGGUGCACUAUUACCGAAGGCGAGAUUGUUGCGAUUGUUCGGCCGGUCCUUGGAGGAAUUCAAUAUCUACUCGGCCAGGGAAGAGCACUUGCCGUCUUGAGUGCUGAUUCCAUUUUACUGACUGAGUCCGGUGGUGUCAAAAUUGCGGGAGUGGAGCAAAGUUGCCAGAUCGAUGCAGCCGAGAUGGACGCAGCCACAAUGAAGCUGUUUGCCUUGGCGGAGGUGGUGGAGAGACUGAUCAUGAAGAAUCCUUCGCAAUACCCAUGGAGUGCUGAGGUUCAGGGUCUGCCUGCCGAGCUCAAGAGAUGCAAUCAACCGGAGAAGCUACUACGCAGCAAACUGUUCACGCUAUCUGGAGAUGAGGGCGAAUUGAAGAUGCUGGUGAGCGCGGCCAACAAGACUGCUUAUCACAAUCUAGAGUCAUUCAAGCGCACAUGA